AUGAAGGACGGUGGCGACGCCAUCGAUGAUGGUGGCCAGAGGUCGACAUUGAUGUCGCCUCUGGUCAAUGCGAUGAUGGGGUAUUCCAUGUUAUGCAUUCUUGCGUAUGCUGUGUUCUGUCAUGUGGAGGAUGUAGAUCAGAUAACUGCCAUAUACAUCAUCGUUCAGAUAGUGACAACUAUCGGCUAUGGUGACAUCACGCCAAAGCUCCCACAGACCAGGAUAUUUGUGAUGUGCUUUGUCAUCGUGACCCUGGUCGUUCUUGCGUACGUAUUGAACUUGGUGGUCCAGAAGGUCACCGAACGCGAGGAAACAUUUUUGAUGGAGCUGGUGGAGUCGACGGGCAAUAUUGCGGAGGCUCAGUCGUCAUUGCGAGAACAACGUGUCUCGAAAGAGCGGCGGAGGCUGUUCACCGCAUCGAUGUUGUUCUUCUGCGCGCUCCUGUUUGGGACAUUGUUUUACGCCGCCUCCGAACCCUGCUCGUGCUCCUAUGGCAUGACGACAAUCAAGGGCUGCAGUUCCGUCGAUUACGACACAUGUAUUGCAACAGAUGGCGAGCAGAAAACACUUGUAAACGCUAUGUAUUUUUCCGUUAUAACUCUCACGACGGUAGGAUUUGGCGACUUCACCCCGCAGACGCACCUCGGUCGAUGGGUUGGUAUAUUCUGGAUGAUUUUCGGAGUUACCGCAACUGCAAAUUGGAUCGGAGCGAUGUCGUCGUUUCUAUUUGAGCGUGCGCACGGUGGCGGAUGUUUCUGUCGUCUUCUAUGCUCAGCACGUGGGCGCGAACAAGGGAGGGGCGGAUCGAAGACGCCUCGCCUCUGCCUUCUCUGGCAGUGCAUAAUCGCGUGGCCCAAUGUUGUCGGCCGAAUCAGCUGGCGGGUCUUUUGGGGAGACGUAGCUGCCAAUUUCAAGCUGAGUACGAAUCACAGCUCCGAGCCAGCCACUGUUUGCACACCGCGGGCGUUUGCGCACACGCUCUCGUAG